AACCACAGCACAGCGCACCAGUAACCUUGUCUGAUGUGAUCAUUAACCUUUCUAGAAAACGCAGCUGGCAGUUCUCUGAGGUUUGUCAUUAGAAUGUGAGAAGAGCCACACAGAUUUUGCACAAGACUGUUCAAAGAAGUUUGGUUGACUUGUAGAGCUAUUGCUCCACUUCAGGGUGACAGAAAAAUGAGGUUCCAGCAAUUCUUUUUUGUGUUUUUUAUUUUUAUGAUGAGUCUUCUUCUUAUCAAUGGACAGAGACCAGCUAAUUUGGCAAUGAGAAGAAAACUUCACAGACUCAGCUGCCAUCAGAGGAGAUGUAUGCCUCUCCAUUCACGCGUGCCCUUCCCCUGAGAUAUUCUCUAGCUAACUUCACCUGGUCUACGAGAUGAAGAGGAGUGAAUGAAAGAUACCCACGAACACAAUAGUGUGCUUGCUUAGAAGUUCCUGUAUGAAAAGGAAUCAUUUGAAAGCACCUGGGAUGUUUUAUUAGUUUCACAGGGUUCUUUUCUUGUGUUCUUUUUAGAGGGGAAAUAACAUACACUUACAAGCAAUUACAAUCUGAAGCACAAUUAUUUACCUUUAUAAGAAACAUCUCUCAUCUUUUCUGCACAUUGUAAUUCUUACAUGGGUUAAAAAGGAAAAUACUUUGUAAUGUCUUAGAACUCUCUAAUAGUAAAAAGUGAAAGAAUUUAAACUUUUUGUUUGAUAUUCUUAUAAUUCUUCAAAAAAUAUUAAGAUAACUAUGUAUAUGUUUGAGUAAUUAUUCUUUUAAAAAUGCUAAAUCUGAAAUCAAUUGCAUUGACUGUUCCGCUUUGCAGAAUUGGAAAAAAAUAAUUGGUUCAUUGAUUAUUUAUCUAGAGAGACUAAGAAAGAAACUAUUAGUUGUUGCCAAUUUUAUAUUACAGGCUUUAAUGUUUAUGAAAGUACUUUUUUUAUUUUGAAUAAUAUUCAUUUAAAGUUGUAAAAGAAUGUUUGAAAUACUAGUUGUAGUUCAUUUUAUUUUAGAACUAAAAUGUUCAUUUCUGAAUCUUUCUCAUCAUGUAAUUACAAAAAGCUAAUGUUUGAUUUCCUUUGAAGUUCUGUUUUAUGUCCUUCAUUCAUUUGUGUCGAUAGUUUCUUAGGCCCAUUUAAAGUUGACAUUUAAAAUAUAGUCAUGCCAAUGAAGCCCCACGUGGGGCAACAUCUCUAACCUGACUCAUCAUUCUGCUGUUACGUUCUAUUUUGGUGCUGUUCGACCUGUGGUAGUGAAACAUUUUUUUUUUUUAAUCAGAAAAAAUUAAGGGAUUUAAAACUAUCCUGUCUAAAUCUGAAUUGUAUUGAUAACUAGGUGUUCCCAAGUUCUUAAUUUGUGUUUAUUGAAAGAUUGUUAGCUCAGUGUCAUAAAGCUUUCUAUUAUUUUACUAUAAGUUAAUUCCAAGUACAAAAUUUAAAAAUUCAUGUCUUAACUAAAAAGUUUACUUUGUAAACAUUAUAGAGUAGGAGAGGCCAUGAGUCAUUAACCCUUAUUUUGCUAAAAUGAAAGGUUGGGAUUAAUAUAUAAAGAAUUGCACAUAGAAAAUCUGACAUCAUGGAGUUUGUCUACCUUUUAUAGCUUAUUAAUGAUGUCUUUUGGGAUGGAAGGUGCUUAUAUAAAGUACUGUAAUUAAAUUUACACACAAACAAAAGAUGUUUUAUAAAAUGUGUUACCUCAUUAUUUAAAUUUGAUAUUUGGGGAAAUUCUAAAUGAUUUUCUGGAUAAAUUAUAAUUCCUUUGCACAAAUGCAUUUCAAUAGAAACAUAAGGUAUUAUCAAUUAUAUUUAUGUUUAAAACAUGUACUUGUUGACAUGUUUAUGUUUUGUACAAAAAAGAAAAAUAAUACUUGACACAGUUCAAAUAUAUCUCAUUGAAUACAAGCCUAUACUUUUUCAAGUACAGAUUCCCACAUUGACAGAAAAAGUUAAAAUCCAGCCAUACCAUUGUAAGAUAAUUAAGUGGUUAUAGAUUUCUGCUCAUACCACUUCAAUAAUUGUUCAGGAAAACACUUAGUGAUUUGAGUGUCUAGUUGUCCUCAGUUUUGUAUAAGAAAUGCUCAGAGCACUGAACGCAACAUGAUAGAAAUGUUCCUGAUACUCUUCUCUAUUCCGUUGUUUGUUCCUUUUAAUUGACACAUUUAAGAUUCAGCAGCCCUGAUAUAUUCUCUGCUACUGCAGAUUUUUUACUUAAUUCAAGACUCUCAGAGUAAGGGCAAAGAUUCUCUCAAAAGCUCUAAGAACUCAACAACUAGUGGCCUGUAGGCUGAAAGUGGAAUACCAGAACAAGUCCAUAACAAUGGAGCCAUAUUUUAUUCACUGACAAGGUGGAGGGGUAGACUAGGCAAGUGUCAAAUAUGUUUAAACUUAACCAUCUCUAUGAUUGGUGUUUGUUGUGUUAUUUUUCUAUUAAAAGUCCUUUGUAAUUUCUAACAUUUUCUGAAUACAAAUGAAAAGAGAUUUUAUGUAGUUUAAUCAAGAUGGUGAAGGGGGUCAGAUGUUAUGGUGCCACUCCAACUUGGGGCUUUGGGGAAAGUCAGUAAAGCAGAGCAGAUGGAGAGGUAGACCCAAGAACAGCUGUAAAUGUUGAUCCCUUCUUUCCUGGCUCAAUUUCUUCCAAACUCUGAAACAGUCUUUAGUUCCAUUGCAUCAUUUUCACUCCUUUGCAGGGCCAGGACCAAAAUGAGUGCGUACAGAAUGUAAGGGUAUGCCAAAAGCCUCAGUAAUCAAGAUUAGUAAUAUUUUAACACCUAAAAAAAUAUUAACACCAAAAAGAAUGAUGAACAAUAUACCAAACUUUUUUUGAAAAAGGAUCAGCUGAGCCAUGUUAGAGCCUGAGGCAAAAGGGAAAAAUUAGAAAUACUAAUUCUGUCAGUACCGAGAGCCUUAUUUUAGACAUAUUGGAGCCUGAAUUCCAGCCCUUCGAUUCCUCCUUUCUCACUUUCCAAAAUGACCUCACUCCCAAAACCCUAGAUCUGUAUCCUAUUUUUUAAUCUUGGCUUCCUCCUUGCCCAGAGUGUUCAUGGAAAGAAGACUGGAUUCUAGCCUUGACUUUUUACAUCUAAGCUCUCAUCCUACUAUAUAACUCAUGUAAUUAAAUUACAAGGAGUCGUACUAAGAGGUAGUGAGGUCGAUAGUUUGAGGUUCCAGCCCCUGUCAAUUGCUCUGCAGAAAAGCCCUAGCAGUCUCAUCUGGAAGUUUGUCAUCCAGUUGUAUACUUAAGAACUACCUACACCAUCUACUGACUCAAUGCUUUUAAGAUUAUUAAAAUACUCUAUUUGGGGGCUGGCCGAAUGGCUCAGUUGGUUGAAAGCACGAGCUUUGAGCUACAGGAUCGCCUGUUUGAUUCCCACAUGGGCCAGUGACCUGAGCCCGAGCUGAGCUGCCGACAGGUGGCAGGAUGGC